AUGGAUCGGUCACACUCGCGCGACGACUCUUCAGCAGACAACAGAUCUCGUUCCCAUCAUGUUCCAGGCUACGGCCUACAGCUCCCCUCUGGCCGACAUCAGCAGGCCUCAGCUCCGUCCAACCACUCAGGCCGCCGUGAGAGGAGCCGAUCCAGAUCACCUCCCAGGAACCACAAGGACAGUCGCUCCUACUCGUCCUCCUCACACAGAGGAGACAAGAAGACGGAAGCCAGAGCUCCGAGCCCACAGAGGGACCGAUAUCAAAGGCAGAGGAACCCGGUGUCCAAGAAGCUCUCUGCAGAGGAGCUGGAGCGAAAGAGGCGUGAGAUGAUGGACCAGGCCAAGCAGAGGGAGGAGGACAGAGAGAACAACGUGAAGCGAUACAAGAGGCAGGACGAGCAGGAAAAGCAGAGGGAGCAAAACGCCAAACACGACCGGCAUGCUGGCUUCAUCCAUAACAUGAAGCUGGAAAGUGCAGCGAGCUCCUCCUUAGAGGACAGGGUGAAGAGGAACAUCCACUCGAUUCAGAGGACGCCGGCGUCCCUCGACAACUUCAUGAAGAGAUGAAGACACGAGACGUUAACGGCACAGACUCUGAACUGACUGAAUACACCUGCGAACGCGAUGCCCUCCACCUGGUGUCUCUCUUUAAUGAUCUGGACGUUGUGGUGGGAGUCUGUCAGGGAAACCCAGCUGUCUUGAAAGGCAGAUUCAACAAUGGUCAUAAAACUGUUAUUUCACACAAUUCCUACUUUUUAGAACUCAAAUAUCCCUUCAUAAGGUCGAUGUAGUCCUAACUUUGUACAGUAUAUUGUUUUUACAGAAUGAUAGGACCUGUUUUAUCUCAGUUUUUUUGUAAUAUACGUUUAGUGUACUGAUGUGAGUAGAAACAGAUAUACAUAAACUCAAUUUCUGGAGUGUCUUUAUUUAUUCUAUCUUUCCUUUUUUUUUAAAACAAACAUAUCUUUUCCCAGGAAUUCUCUCAUUAGGGCUAAACUGUAGGCAAAAAAAGGUCACAGUGCAUUGAUUUUGACUAAUACUGCUACAUCAGUCAUGUUUUUAAUGGAAACUUUUGUAUUUGUUUACCCCCUGAAAAAUAUAUCUAUAUAAUAGUAA